AAUUUGAAAAUCAGUGCAUUUGUAUAUGAAAUGAAAUGUUGCCCUUAAAUAAUUUUGGGUUUGACACUAAUAUAUUGAUUGAUUAGAAAUACAAUUCAUUUAUACCCCUUUCAUUUGUUUGUCAGAUUGAAUUUGCAUAAUUCUGAAUUAGAAUAUUGAAGUUUUGGUUAAAUUAUCAGAUCAUAGUUAUGUUAUUCAUACAAUUACCCCCAACCCUAAUAAAAGAUAACCCAGCAAUUUGUAUGAUGAGAAAGAGUAAAUAUUAACUAAUCAAAUGGCAUUCAUGGAGGGCAUCAGAUGGAGAGAAAGGCAAAAAUAGUAAUGAGUUCUGGACUGUUCUGAUAAACAGAGGGUGCAUGACCUAGGAUCUCAUAUUUACUAAGCUUAUUCAGAUUUCCUCUUUCUGUCAUAAUUAUCGUUUUAAAAAGGAGAUACUUUAAAUUUUGGAUUUUUUGUGAUUGAGUUUCCUGUUUAACAGGUUGGGAACACUUCCCUAUAGCGAAAUAUUCUCACUAAAACGCGAUUUAACAUUACCAUAAACGUGUUUUGGCGUCUUUAUUGAAAAUGAUGGCAAAUUCCGUGUGACGCUGAAUAAGUGUGACUCACAUUCAACAUGAUGCAAAAUUUUUCUAUGAAAUUGACAACAGUCAAGAAAUUGCAUAUCAAAGUUACAGUGUAAGAGGGAAGCAGUAUGAAAUCCAAUACACAUCUUGAGUGUUUUUGAUAUAUUUGCAGAAGUAUCAGACAUUUUCUUCUUUUCACGUGAAACACGAAGAGAUGUACUCCAGGGGUGUUUUUCUCGGUUGUACGGGAUAUUUUUACUCUUGCUAGAGAGGAAUAAUCGCGUUUUAGCGAGAAUAUCUCACUAUAGGGGAAGUGUUCCCAACCUGUUUAAUGCAGAUAUUGAAUAAGCUUAGUUAUUCUGAUUUGCCAUGAAUUGAGAUAUCAGUCUACCUUUGAGCAAAUGUAAAUGAACAGCUUCUGAAUGGGUUUGGAAUAUGUAUGAAUGGAUUUUGAUUCUUGGUGAAAGUACUGUAUUAAAGAGCAUUCUUAGUUCAAAUUAGAUUGUAUGUGUGAAGGGGUAUGAGUGAAUUGUAGAGAUCCUUGUAGAUGAGCGAGAUGCCCAGAGCAUUGUAAGUGCAUUUAACUGAAUUUUCACUCCGUAUUGAACUGCUUUAGGACCUGAAGUGUUGAUAUGUUGGAACCAGGAAGUAACUAGUGGCAGAACAAAACUGGUGUAUUUGAGUGGAAAAAACUAGUGAUCAUAUCAUUUGCUCCUAUGCUAUUGUUUAAGCUUGAAAAUGUGUUGCGUGAAAACUGUGGCAUGAUUUUGGAUGAAUAGUAAAUGAAAAAAGAAAAAUAUUAGAAGCACAUUUUUUUUGCAAUAUGUAUCAUAUUUUCAUUUCUUUUACAAGGGUAUAAAUUUUAGAGAGAGAAAAAAGAAUUGUUUCCCCUCUGCAAACCAACAUUUUGACUUGUGAAUGAAAGAAACAAAAAAGGAAUAAGAUAUUGACCUUCACUAUGUUCAAGGAGCAAUUGAAAGUAUCUAGAUGAAGAGUUAAAAAAAUCUGGAAUAAAAAAAUAAUUUUGCUGUUUAAAAGGGGAAAUAAAAGAAAAUUUGGUGUCGGCCAAAUACAAUGAUUUAGAUGUAGAUCGCUGAUAAUUUUACUUUGUAUUACUGAGGGAAAAAAUAUGCAACGUGUGGGUUUUUUCUUGCUGAAAGGAUUUCGAGAUUAAAAUUGCAUGACAUGGGAGGAAGUGGGAAGUAUUAAGUAAAUGAUAGAUUACAGUGUUGGGGGAAAGAUUGAUGAAUAAGUAGGUGUUAAUAAUGUUUUAUUUUUAAAGAUUAAUUAUACCCCAUGCUGCGUGCAACAAAGUUGCGAAGGGUAUAAUGUUAUUGACCUGUCUGUCAGUCCUCUUUUUUUUGUCAGUGCAACUCCUCUGAGACCGCUCAACAGAAUUUUGUGAAAUUUUGUAGUUAAUAAGGACACGCUGUAUAUGUGCAUAUUCCCAGAAAAUUCUGAUUCAAUAAUUUUUCUGGGAGUCAUGCCCCUUUUGAACUUAAAAUUUCAAGCCUGUCUGUCCUGUUCUUGUCAAUGCAACUUCUCUGAGACCGCUCAACAGAAUUUUGUGAAACUUUGAAGUUAAUAGGGCACACUGUGUAGAUGUGCAUAUUCCCAGAAAAUUCUGAUUCAAUAAUUUUUGUGGGAGUUAUGCCCCUUUUAAACUUAAAAUUUCAAGCCAAUCUGUUCUGUUCUUGUCUGCGCAACUCCUCUGAGACCGCUCAACAGAAUUUCGUGAAACGUAAUUAAUAAGGACACACUGUAGAUGUGCAUAUUCCCAGAUUAUUCAGAUUCAAUAAUUUUUGUGGGAGUGAUGCCACUAUUGAACUUCAUUUUGAGCCCGUCCGUCCUGUUCUUGCAGUAAUGCAUAGCAUUACUAUUCUUUAUGUGAGGCAUUGUCAAGCAUUUUGAAAGUUAUUUAAGUUGUACUGUUCAGUAUUAAUUUUCAACCAUAUCUACAGCAGCAACUCCAUCUGUCUGUCUGAAUAUUAGUCAUAUUUAAAGUCCUGUUCGGAGACUUUCUGGAGAUCCUGUUGACUUAAUCUUGAGUAGUACUACAGUUUUCAUUCAACAAUAUUCAAGCAUUGGAAAGAUGAAUAUUAAAUAUGUAAUGUGAAAAUUUUGGAAAAUAUAAUGAUCAAGAAAAAAUGUCUGAUAUGUACUGAACCAGCUGUACCUUAAAUUUUAAAUUGGAUCUAUUGAAAAGAGACCUGGAACAAUCUUCUGGAAUACUAUUGAAACUUGUAUUCUGGUACUGAGGAUUUUAGUGGGUUACUUUUGUUGCUAGUAACGUGUGGAACAGCACCAUACUACAUUAACAGCAAUGUAAUAAAUCACCAAUAUUUUAAAAAGAGGACUUUAAUGCCUCUUGAAUUGGUCAAAAAAAGAAGUUUGGAGUCUUUACAUGUUUAGCAAGUGAAUAUUCUGCUGCAGUGUACUUGGUUUUGUUUCAUGAUGAAAUACCCCUGUAAGCACCAUCUUACUACUGAAUAGUUAUUGAGGUCCAUGCCUACUUCAUAAUAGAUAUUACUUACAACUCUCCAAAAUUUGUAAAUAUGAAGUACUUGCUAAGAUUUAUAGUUUCUGAUUAAUGCUGUCUAAUUUGUUUGAGGUUAUUAUGAUGUGGUAUUCCUUUCUUGUUUUGACACCCCCAAAAAAUUUCAUUGCUCCCAGCAAUCAGCAACGAUGGGUGUGUAAUAUCAGUAUUGGAAGUUGUUUCCUCUUAUAUAAGGACACUAGAAAACAAAAAAUGGAUGCAUGGGUUGAUUAUUUGGACUCAGUUUGGUUGUAAUAAGUACAAUUAUGAAAUUCCUUUACAAAAAAUGAAAGACUUGUUAAUUAUCUGAUGUUCAAAAGUUGAAAUAUAUGGCUACUCCCCAUAUAAAUAAUUCUUUACAAAUUUCCCUUAGCCUUAGGUUUAAUUGAGACGUCAUGGAAAUAAAUUGCAUUCCAUAUGGUAAAUUGUAUACAUUUUACUUAUAAAAACAUCAAUUUUUUUUUUAUUGUUUUUGAAAAAAAAAGAAAGAAGUUUAUAGCAAGAGUCAUUAACUGUUCUAUGUCGCAUCACUUCCAGACCUUGUGUGGGUUUUCAAUUGUUGACAAGGUUCUUUCACUCCGCAGUAAAGUAUGAAUUUUAUGAUGUCUUCAAACCCACCACCCCCCCCCCCCUUUUUUUUUAUUAUUAUUAUUUUUUUUUUUUAUUACAAACUGCCCUUUGCAAUCCUGUGUCUAUGAUGGGAGUUGAAGAAAAUCAAGUUGAUGAGAAGACAAGACAGUGCAUGUACAAAGUCCGACAAACGUGGACAGACAUAUUUUACAACAGAAAGUUGUAUGCCAUAGAUGUGCGUGUGAACCACAUGGACCCAGCAUGGCCCAUAACAGCAUUAGCAGAAACGGACAAAAGCAACAUAUUUGUCAACCCAAAGUUCAUAGCAAAGAAAGAAGAAGAUAUUGUUCCUGAGCUUCCUGCUAUUCCUGAUGUAGAUGAAGAAAGACUGAUGAGACAACAGUUGAUUGCAAAAAAAGCAGAAUUGUUGAAAAUUCAACAGCAAAAACUUGAAAUGGAGUUGCGAGAGCUGGAAGAGGCAACACAGCACCAACCUCUUAAUAAGAACACAAAAACUGAUGAUAUCCUGUCAAGUGUGACAUCUUCCAUUGCCCAAACAGUGACCAGUAUACCAAGCAGAGAUCCUAGAAUGGUGACUCGGAAUCCUACGACUGCUCGUGACCCUCGCAUCAGAGAUCCAAGACUUCAGAUUAAACCAUCCCCAGUCAGUGCUACAGAAGUUGUACCAUCCAUUUCACAAGGAACAACAUCUGGCAUGUCGGGACCGGAUCCUAUGAUGAUGCCUUUCCCUGGCAUGCCUCUCCCUAUUAUGCCAGUGGUGGGACAUAAUAUGCCUACCCCAGGCAUGAUGCUUCACCCACCCCCUGGAUUAUUCCCUCCACCUGUUAUGGGUCGUCUGCCACCUGUGAUGCCGCCAUACUCCUUGCCCUCUAGUCAACCCCCAGCAACACAACCCCCAUCCACUCAAACGAUUAUGAAUGAAAAUACAAACAAUCAAGCUCUUAAUGACAGAAUGACGCCAACUAUACCUCAGCCUUCUAAUAAUAGUGAAAAAGAAAAGUCUGUAACACACCAGAAACAUUCCACAGAGAAAGGAACAUUAAGAAGUGAAUUGGAACGAAGAGCAAAGGAAAAUGAAAGUGAAGUGAAACAUAAAAGUGAUACUGACUCUCAUAAACAGAGGUCCAGAGACUCUAAAAGCAAAGACAGAAGAAGUGCAGAGAAUGGCAGAGAUUCAAAGGAACGAUCUAAAGAUUCCAGAUCCUCCAGAAGAAGUAGUCCUCGACAUGAAAGAGGGAACAACAGAGACGCGAAAAACAGAGAAGAUGAUUCCAAGAGAAAAUCUCCAAAUGAUGGAGAUGUGAAGAAAAUGGAGGAAGACAGGAAAAGAGAUUCCAAACUAAAAGCUAGGUCUUCUAAAAGUAAGACUGAAGAUGACUUUGAUAGUAAGGAUUCUAACCAUUCAAAGCGAGAUAAAGAAAAAUCACCGUCUGUAAAGGAUAGGUCAAGGUCACCUGUAGCAAGAAAAAAUCAUCCAUCAAAAGAGAAGAAAUCUCCAAAGAAGAAGGAAGUUGUUGAGAAGUUAAAUGCUGACGUUAAGACAGAAAUCCCUGAGCAAAUUGAAUCAGAAGAAGUAAUGGACUUUGAGAAGAGGCCUGGGUUGUUUGAAUCAGGUUACAAAAUUCCAAAGAAGGAAAUUACAGCAGAAGAUAAAGAUUUGGAUGAACGUCAGCUGAAGAUGAAAGAUAAAGAUCAGAAAUUGGUGAAAGAAAAUUCAAAACGUGACCUUAGUGAGAUCGCUGAGAGUACGGAGGACAAGGCCAUGGAGGAGGAGGGACCCAGUAAAAAGCCUCGCUUGGAGAUCCAUCCCAAAUUGGACAGUGAUCUCAGGGCAUUGUUUGGUAGUGAAGAUCAAGACUAUAGGGGCAUGGUGGAUGUAGAUCAAAGAAACCCAAAGACUCCAAAUCAAAAAGGCUGGGCUGACUACAGACAACAAAACCCAGGAGAGUUUUCAUAUGAGAUUGAGCAUGAGAAAAAAAAUAUGGACCACCGAAGUCCAUUGGACAUGGAUCAUAGAAGGGACGUAGACUUUCGUAGUCAGAAAGGGGAUAGCGAUCUGCGAAAUGCCACUGAAUUCUCAAAAAAUGUGGAUAUUCCAAAUGCUCUCUCUCUGGAAAAUAGAGAGCACAUAUUAGAACAGAUUGAGAAACGUAGAAAAUCAGGGGAAAUAACAUUUGAAAGACAUCAGGAACUUCUGAAAGAUUUAUCUCGUUUAGAUGAUUUACAAAAGAUUCAACAUGAGAGAGAAAAAUUAAAGGGAGAGUUAAAGGAGAGAGAUUCUGAUUAUAAUCCAGGACUUCCUAAGGCUUGGGGAUUGAUUUCUGAUGAUAGAGUACCUAGUCCAUCAUGGCCAUCUCAUAAAGAUCAGCCAGCAAUAGAGAGAGAUGGAUCCAAUUACCCUAAAAAAUGGUCAGACAUUCACAGACCUGCUGCUAGAGAAUUGGUUGAAGGAGAGUAUCGUUCUCCAAGAAGUGACUUUGAUAAUGAUUCCAGAGAGAGGUUCCCACCAUUUAAAAGGGAGAGACCUGGUCCUCCUGAAGGGCCCCACCAGAGAGAUAGGUUUGAUCAUCCCCCUGAUGAAAGAAGGCCUCCUAUGGACAUUGACAGAGGAGGUAAGAGGGAUAUGCCUGGGCCGCCACAAAGGAUGGGGAGGCCAGUAAAGGAUGAAGACCGAUUCCCUCCCUCGGACUGGCAUGGAUCAGCAGAUAGGGACUAUGACAGAGAAAUGUGGGAUUAUUUUGCAAGAGGACUCCCAGGAGGAAGGAGACCACCAGAUUUUAUUCGAGAUGAUAUGGAUAAAAGACCUAGCCCUGAUAGAGGUCCACAUUUCAAAGACUAUGAUGGUCAUGGUCCAAGAAGGGGAAUGGGACUGAGAGGUCGAGGUACAAGGGGACGCAACUCUCCAGUAUUUAGAGACUCCAGAGGAGGCCCCAUAGAUACUGAAUAUCCACAUGAUAUGGACAAUCGCAGACCAGAUGACAGAUUCCCUCCUAGAGGUGGAUGGCAUGGAGGUAGAGGGUGGGAAAGGGGCCGCAGGGGAGGACAUAGAGGGGAAUUUGGAAGUCGGGGUGGCAUGUUCCAUGGACCGAGAGGGCCACCACCACCUCAUGAUAUGGAUGACAGAAACUUUGAAAACAGACCAGCUCCAGAUUUUAUAAACAAACCUAGGUCUCAAAUGAGACAGUUUACCCCAGUGAAAGAUUCUCGGUGGGCAAAUCUCAGCAACUUUCCUGGAUCUGAUGAUAUUGAAGAGUUUGUGAUUGAUGGAAAACCUUUUCAUAUCAAAGUUGGUGCUCCUUCAAGAAAGGUUAGGUUUGGGAAAUGUCUAAUUGAAAUACUUGCAGAUCCUAAUCAGAGAUGUAUUCUUGUGGAUGGCCAGAAAGUAUACACUUUUGGUGAUUAUGUAAGGGAUGUUAAACUGCAAUCUGAUGCAACUGGAAGAACUUUCAAAGUAUUCUACCAUGGUGCAGCAAGACAGCUUUGGAUUGAUGGUGUUUUACAUGAGCUAAGGUUGGAUGCUCCACCAAAGAUAAUAACAAUUAAAGAGAAAGACCACACAAUUAGAAUCGAUGGAAGAGAUGGUAUGAUUCUAUUAGACAAUAAAGAGCUUGGUGUAUUUGGAGGUCCACCCAGAUUUGUGUUUAUUGCAGGAAAUCGCUGUGAACUUCGUUUUGAACCACCACCUAGGCAAAUUCUCAUUGAUGGGAACUUGUGUGAAUUAAAAUUGGACAGAAAAAUUCCUUGUGUGAUGAUUGAUGGUGUACCUCAUGGCAUUCGCUUUGAUGGGCCGUCAAGGGAAAUUAUGGUCAAUGGUAUUCUUCAUACUGUACCUAUGGACAGGGCUGUCAAAAUUCGUAUUGGCAACAGACCACACAAUAUUGCAUUUGGUGGUCCUGCUCAUGAAGUAAUAUUUGAUGGCAAAUGGUAUGAGGUGAAAUUUGAUGGCCCUCCCAAAGUAAUCAAUGUGGGAAAUAGACAAGUGGAAAUUCAACUGAAGGGAAAUUCACCUGAUGUGAAAAUUUUAGAACCAUUUGAAGAUCCGCAAUUAAUGAUGCCAGUGAAUAAUGUAGCAUUGGGUGCAAAUGGUCCAAACAGAAUGCAAGGACCAAGAAUGAGACCUGGAGGACCUGGUAAUUUCCAAUCAGAUGCACCUAUGGUGAACCAAGGACCCAACAGGCCUAUGGGACCGGCAGGACCGGGACCACUUAGGGGUCCGAGACCUCCAAUGAUGGAUGGGGCACCAAUGGCAGGACCAAAUCAACCUCUGGCAAACCCUCAAAUGAUACAGACAUCCAAUCCCAUGAUGGCAAACCAACCUCCACAAGGCAUGGUGAUGGGACCUGGUUCAAAUCCCAUGAUGCCCACCCAGGGAUUCCCUAUAAUGCAAUCCACUUCCAUGAUGCCAGUGCAGACUUAUUCCACUGCAACUAUGACCCAAAUUGGAGCAGCUCCUAUCACAAGUAUGCCAAUGACAGAUGUCAGUCUGUCCACGGGUCAGCCCCCUCAGAUUCCGGGCAUUAUUCCAGCAGCCCCAGUUGGAGGUUCUGCAGCAUUGGACAUCGGGUCAUUAUUCCAAAAACUUCUAGAUACUGGUAUAAUUUCCAAGCCAGAAGUGAAGCCAGAACCUGUGUCUGAAGCUAGCAAAGUGAAAAAAGAACCCGUCAUUCCUGAAAUUAAAAAAGACAAGAUUGAUGUCAUUCCUGACUUACUGGAUUUAAAGACUGACAGCCUAAAGAAACAAUACAAAGGGGUGUUCCAGAGAAUGUACAGCGGGAUACAGUGUACUUCAUGUGGAAUGCGCUUCACUUCCAGUCAGACCGAACGAUACAGAGAGCAUCUGGAUUGGCAUUUCCGUCAGAAUCAGCGAGAAAAGGAUGGUGCUCGUAUUUUGUUAUACAGGAAGUGGUUCUAUGCAUUGGAUGAAUGGAUUGAUUAUGAGGAAAUUGAUGAGUCUGAAGAAAAGGGCAGGAGCAGUGUGUUUGAACAAAGUAAACCUGGAGCAGUGCCUGAUGCUCCUACUAUCAAAAUCAAUAUCCCAGAAAAUGAGGACAUCCUCAGGUGUCCAGCGGCCUCCGACGGUGAAAAUGUGUGUGACAUUUGCGGUGACCCCUUUGAUCAGUACUGGGAUGAGGAGGCAGAGGAGUGGCAUCUCAAGGACGCAAUCAGGGCAGAGGGCAAGACUUACCAUCCUGUUUGUUAUGAGGAUGAAAAAGAGGGCAGCAUUUUGGAUCCAACUCCAACUCCCACGCCGAAAACAGCAGAAAAUAAUCCUCUCAUUAUGCAAAUAAAGAAAGAGCUUGGGCAGAUUCCAGCUGACACUGUGAUUCAUUACCAAGAGGACAUGAUUGUAAAACCGAAAGUGAAAAUAGAACCAACAGAAGAGGAGAGCAUUGAUGAGACUCCUCAAAGCACAAACAAUGAAAAUAAUGUCUUAAAUCCCACAAUUGUGAAACAGGAAGUGCCAGAUACGGAACCGAAAGGAAAUGACAGUGACCAACAAGUUGUAUCUCAAGAAAGUGCAACACAAGAGGCUCCACAAGUCAAAGUGGAAGUCACAGAAGCUUCUUGAAAAUACUUGAGUUUUAUAAUAAACCUUUUGUAAAUGAAGAAUUUGUUUUAAAGGGGCUUUCAAUAGUUGUUUUAUGAUGUAAAUACAUGUGCCAGACAUUUUGUGAUUGUACAUGAAAUGUUGAAGUCAUGCAUGUAUUUAAGGUUGUGUUGAGAAUAUAAUUUUGUGUGUUACGAACAUGUAAUGGAGGUUUUACUCCAGUAUCUAUUGUAAGACUGAAUCCACUUAUAUAAAGUCAUUCUGUUGAAUCUUAUUUAUUUUGCUUCACGUAAUAAUGGUUUAGGAAAGGUUACGGUCAAGUAUUAAAGAUAAAGUACUUGUUUGUGUUUCUGAGUUUGAUAUAGUAGUCUAGUUUGUGUUCCUGACAUGUUUAAAGUACAGUACAUGUCAGACAUGUCUCAAUUUCUAAAAUCAAUUCUUGAAUGCAUAAAAUUAUUUCAUUGUCCAUAUCAUUUCAGAUUCAUUUACUUCUUGUCAGAGUAUUCAUUUUAUUUUGAUACUUGCAUGUACUCUCUGAUGACUCUUAUAAAAUGUUAUUGUGGAAAAUAUGGAAUGUGUCAUCUCUCAAAAUGAGACUGUUCUACAAGAAAAAAAAAUAAAUUGAAAAAUGUGGAA